GGGAUCGCAUGGCGCUCUUUCAGUGAAAGGUGCUUCCACCCCUCAUUAGCGAGAAGAACUCCGUAAAGAACUCGAGAUAAAACUGAACAUGCAAAAAUACGUACAGUCUCCCGGAUGGGUUGGCCAACGACUUGUCCAGCAUCUCUUUCCGCGACGAUGCGACUUCUGUUACAGAGUUGUCAUGUGUAACGCUCCUCGAGGCCCUUUCGCCGACGAUGUGGCGAUUUGAUUUCAAUGCCCAAAUGUAAGGUGCAAGCGCGAGAGAGGGGAUGAGUGAUGGUUUGGGAGAAGGCGGCGACGGGAGGAGGCGACCUCGCUGCUCGCGGUCGUCGGGCGUUGCCGUGCUCAGCGGGCCGGGCAAGCGCGCCAGUCCGAAAGCGGCGGGCGCGAACACACCGCAUGACGGUCAGGCCCGCGUUUUGCCCUCGGCAUGGACGUCGCUCGACACCGCAGGCAGCAUGCAGGAAGCCCAGGAUGCGCUUGAGACAUACAGGAAGAAGGACCCGAACAAAGUCGUCGUGCGGUUCAAGGCGGUCGGGAAUGCGCCCAUCAUGAAGCAGAACUUCUACAAGAUUACUGCGUCGAAUAGGUUCCAGGCGGUGAUUCAGUUCUUGAGGAAGGAGCUGGGGUGGAAGGCUGGGGAUCCGCUGUUCACGUAUAUCAACCUUGCUUUUUCUCCUGCCCCAGACGAUACAGUGACAAAUCUAUUCAAGUCCUUCGCGACAGACGGUCAUCUAAUAGUAAACUACAGUACGACUGCAGCAUGGGGCUGACCCUUGCGUGUAAUAUGCACGUAUCCUUCGCAGGAAGGUUUUGUGAAGAUACCAUAUUUUCUGUGUGCUUCGUGCCAGCGACUUCUUGCUACAGCGC